UUUUUAUUCGUCAAGUGCGCUUCAGAAUAAACGAAGAAAGAUGUCUUAUAUAAAAAAUUAUAUUGUCAAGUUAUUUGACAAACCAAGAGAAUUAGUCAUAAUGCCUAAAGGAGAUGACAAAACUGUCUUUUCGGUUCCACCAGAAUAUUUGCCGGAUCAAUACAAACCUAUCGGAAAUCAAAUUGUAACUAGAUUUGGACAAGAAGCUGAAGGGGGCAAAAUUCCAGUUAACACCAUCUCCAUUCCACCUUUGGGCGAAAUUCUAGACAUAAAAAGAGAUGAAAACUUUUCUCUAUUCAUUCCAAAGCAUAGAAGAAUUGCUGGACAGCUGAUAAAUAUUUAUUUAGGUAUGCGAAAUGUUGAUGAUCUUCUCUCCGUUGCUGUCUAUACUAGAGAUCGCAUCAAUCCACAUCUUUUUAACUAUGCCCUCUCUGUCGCAAUAUUGCAUAGACCUGACACCCAAAAUGUGGAUUUACCAUCAUUCAUCAUCUCAUUUCCUGAUAAGUUUGUAGAUGGUAAGGUGUUUGCCAAAGCUCGAGAAGAAGCUACCAUUGUACCUGAUGGAUCAAGGACUCCAAUUGAAAUUCCGAGAGACUUUACUGCUUCAAAUUUAGAACCAGAGCAUCGUUUAGCCUAUUUUAGAGAAGACCUAGGUAUUAAUCUUCAUCACUGGCACUGGCAUUUGGUUUAUCCACAUGAAGCGGCUUUUCAAGUCGUAAACAAAAACAGAAGAGGAGAACUAUUCUAUUAUAUGCACCAACAGAUUGUAGCAAGGUAUAACUUUGAACGGUUAUGCAAUGGUCUUAAGCGUGUUGAACGGUUCCUGGAUUGGAGAAAAGACAUUGCUGAAGCCUACUUCCCCAAACUUGAUAGCUUAAUCGCUAGUAGAACUUGGCCUGCUCGUGUUUCUAAUGAAAAGCUGUCCGACCUUAAGAGAGAAGCGGAUCAAAUUGUCCAGGAUAUUGCUGAUCUUGAAAGAUGGAGGGAUAGAAUUUUUGAUGCUAUUCACAAUGGAAGAGUUAUGCGGCGUGAUGGUAGCUUUAUGAAUUUAACAGAAAACGAAGGUAUCGAUAUUUUGGGAAACAUAGUUGAAUCAAGUAUUCUCUCACCUCAUAGAGAAUUCUAUGGAGAUUUGCACAAUAUGGGCCACGUUUUUAUAGCUUUUAUUCACGAUCCUGAUAAUAGGCACCUUGAGUCUCAUGGCGUUAUGGGCGAUACCUCUACAGCUAUGCGUGAUCCUAUUUUCUAUAGAUGGCAUGGGUUUAUUGACAAUAUUUUUCAACAAUUCAAGUCUACGUUACCAAGAUACACUAUUGACCAGCUAAAUUAUUCUGGAGUAACUAUUGAAAGUAUUUCGAUAGAAUCAGAAACUGAAAAGAACAUCUUCAACACAUUUUGGCAACAGUCAGAUGUAGAUCUCUCCAGAGGAAUGGACUUUCAACCUCGGGGUCCUGUAUUUGUCAGAUUUACACAUCUUAAUCAUCAACCAUUUAGUUACCGGAUUGUAGUAGACAACAAUGGGGCUGUACGUCAAGGAACUUGUAGGAUUUUCAUGGCUCCUAAAUUUGAUGAAAGUGGGAGACCGUGGUUAUUUGUAGAUCAAAGAACUAUGUUUAUUGAACUCGAUAGAUUUAGAGUUGAUCUAAGGCAAGGACAAAAUACUAUUACUCGUGCUUCAACUGAAUCCAACCUAACCAUUCCAUUCGAAAGAACUUUUCGCGACUUAAAUGCUAACAGACCUCAAGGAGGCGACGAUUUAGUCCAGUUCAACUUCUGUGGAUGCGGAUGGCCACAACACAUGUUAAUUCCAAAGGGAGACACCGACGAUCCAGGAUUUAGAUGUGAACUUUUUGUCAUGAUCUCUGAUUACGAGGGUGACAAGAUUAAUCAAGAUACAUCAGGAGUAUGUAACGAUGCCGAUGUUUUCUGUGGUGUUAAGGACAAACUCUAUCCUGAUCGCCGUUCCAUGGGCUAUCCAUUUGACAGACAGCCUAGAAGAGGUGUUGACACUUUGCAGUAGUUCCUUACGCCUAAUAUGAGAGUUCAAGAUGUCGCAAUUAAAUUUUCCAACAGAACUUUCAAACCAAGACCAAACAAUUAAAUACUUAAAAAUAUAUUUUAUGAUAUAACAUGAUUCAACAUUAUGAUAAUUACAGUAAAAUAAAGUAAUAUACCUUCUUA